AUGGCACCUUUGCAUAUUGGCACCCUCGUGACGGGAUUGGUGGCCCUGUCAUCAGCGAAGGAGCUCGUGGUGGACAUGAAGCUCAAAACAGAAUUGUACGACCCCGGUCUUGUUCAUGGACGAAUCAUGGCAACAAAAGAGCGACAAUGGGGAGAAAUGGCGAGGCAAGCUGUUUUCGAUUCGACACAAUACGCAACGUUUAGCGAAGAAACGGACCGUAUCGCUUGCGUGGAUGGCACGGCAGCGCUGGUUCCGGGCGAUCCCAACAACACUUUCCGAUGCCAGGGUCUCGACCUCCUCGAUUUCAAAACACAUGCCCAACUCGGCAGUUCGUCCGGUAGAGGAGCAGGCUCUUGGGGCUGGACAAGCGCCGAAGGCCGCGAGUUUGUUGCCAUUGCUCAGGAAGAUGGCACCGCUUUUGCCGAGGUCAACGCCAGGGGGAAGCUCAUCUACCUUGGCCGUUUACCUCAAUAUGAUGGAGCCCCUAUCUCGCUGUGGCGCGAAAUCAAAGGAUACAAAAGUUACAUCCUCAUUGGAAGUGAGGCCGAGCGCCACGGUAUCCAGAUCUUUGACCUGAGCAAGCUUCUCGAUGUUGACUCAUCUAGUCCCGUGGUUUUCAACAAUCAGGAGGAUCUCACAGGAUUCUGGGCUGAAGGUCUCCCCCUCGGCCGCUCGCACAACGUUGUUACCAAUGAAGAGUUGAAUUACGGCGUGGCAACGGGCUUUCAACCUCGAGACGGGCCGCUUGGCGCGGGGCUCGUGUUCUUCGACUUGACGGACCCGUCCAAUCCCCGGACCUUGGGCGGCACGGGUGCCGACGGAUAUGUCCAUGACGCCCAGUGUAUCGUAUACAGGGGGCCUGAUACAAAGUACGAUGGGAGGGAUAUCUGUUACGGGUACGACGAAGACUCGUUGACAAUUUUUGAUGUCAGCGACAAGGAGAAUAUCAAAGUCAUCUCGAACACGUCAUACGAAGGUUUUGUUUACACCCAUCAGGGCUGGGUUCUGGACCCCCAAUGGCAGCAGUACCUGAUUACCGACGAUGAGUACGACGAGUUCGACAAGUCAGGCCUUGCUGCCGAUGGUUAUCCCAUCUCAUAUAUCUGGGACAUUUCUUCUCUCGAAUCACCGAAACAAACCGGCCAUUACAAAGGUCUGCGGAAGGGAAUCGACCACAACCAAUUCGUGAAGGAUGGCUUUUCUUACCAGAGUAACUAUGGGCUGGGACUCAGUAUCCUCGAUCUGCGUUCCGUGUCUUCAGACCCAACGGGCAAAGGCAUUAUCGAGGUCGCCUUCUUUGACACUCACCCCGAAGAUGACCAUCUCCCAGGUGGUGGAAAUGUGACCUUUACUGGGUCGUGGAGUCACUAUCCCUUCUUCCCUAGUGGAGUCAUUGUCAUCAACACCAUGGAUCGAGGUGCAUUUGUUGUGAAGCGUUCCGCACAAGAUUAA